AUGGCACCCCAACGGAAAUACUACACGGUUGGCGUGUCCAAUAAAUUCUCAGCUUUCGCGGACAAUGACAGCGAAGGAGGCGACUCUUCCGGUGAGGAGGAUGUGAUUCUCUCCUCUCCUCCUGCGCCCACAGGAGAGACGCAAAGUACCGGAAAACAGCUGUCCGGGACCAAUGCGGGAAGCGGAAAAAAGGCAAACGAAGGCGUCUCCGCGCACCACGACUCGGAAAGGCGUCCCCGAGCUACCACGGGAGGGCGCUUUGGUCGCGAGGAGCAAAGCGGCCCGGGCGGGGUGAACUCUCGCCAUGGCGAGUUCGGCGGCCGCGGCCGCGGCGGGUUCCGUGGCGGCAGAUUCCCUCGCAGAAACCUCCGCGAAGGCAACGAAGUGGAGAACGAAGAAGAACAGGGUGUCGAGGCCUUCGGUCAGCGACGCAACUUCCGCGGAGGUCGAGGCCGCGGCGGGUUUUACUCGCGCGGCCGGGGCGGCGCUCAGGGCGGCUACGACCGCCACACGCCUGCAGCCAUGGGAGGUCGGGAUCCGAAGAAGAGCGGCGGCGGGGCACACAACUGGGGCGACGACGAGCGCGUAGCAGCCGCUGGCGAACAAGAAGCUGAGAAGGUGGAAGAAAAGGAGAAGAGAGAAGACGGCGAAGAGGACGAAGAAAAGAAGGGCGAAGAAGAAGAGGCCGUCGAGGAAGAGAAGAAGGAGGAGGUUUUGGACCUCGAAGCCUACAAGAAGAUGCUCGAAGGCAAGCGUCAGAACCUGCCGAACUUCAUCAAGAAGUCGAACAAGAAAAUCACGACCGACCAGGAACUUGAGGCGGAAGGAUACACGUUGCACGUGAAGGAGGGGCGCGAAGAAGAGGAAGAGACCACCUCGGAGGAGGAAGACGAGCACGAAGAACCGAAGAAAAAGACAAUGAACGUCUUUGAAUAUAUCCACAACGGGGGCGGUCGCGUCAACCUCUUCCCCGGCCGCAGGAGAGGCCGAGGUGCUGGCCCGUCCGGCUCGCGGGAAUUCCGUGGAGGACGAGGCCGCGGUCGCGGGGGAAGUUUCGUCAAGAGCCGUGACGCGCCUGACAUCCAAGACGAGCGCGCCUUCCCGACCCUGGGAGGCCGGUAG